UCCCCCCCCCUUCCCCAGCUGUGACUAAUGUCCCUGCGUUGCCUGGCCAUCCCCAGACCCUCCUCCAGCCAGUGAUUUACCUCUCCCCCUGGCUGCCUGAACAGAUGCAUGUGAGCUGCGGAGCUGCCUGGAGGGGUGAGUGAGCACUGGUACAGCUUCUCCUUGCUUCCCCACAGAAACCAUUUUCUGCAAGGAAGUAAAGGGAUUGGGUGGGGGGUGAUUUCUGCUGCGCUGCAGUAGCGCAGAAUUUCCCCAGGAGUAACCUGUCCCAUGACUUAUUCACAACGAAUAAUUGGCUUGAAACAGUGCCAGAUAGCAUAGCUGAGCUUGCUGGUCUCACCCACCCAGACAACACCUGGCACCUCUUAAUGCGAGAGCACAGAACUAAGCGCCAGGAACUCCCGGGUUCACUUGUUCCCUCUGGGGCCUGGAAUGUUUAACCUCUGAAUCCAUUUGUAAAAUGAGGGUUUUUCUCUCUGCUGUGUGUGUGUGUGAAGUUAUGAAUGAUGUAAAAUUCUUUCUUUGCAUGCAUGUCAUUACACUCCCAAGCCUCUUUAUUUUCCUGUAUUAAAUAUAUUUUAAACAAAAAUCAAACCCGUCCCCAUCCCAUAGCCCUUGAUCCAAUGUAUGUGCCCUGUCUCCCACCAGACCCAAACAGCUCUGCUAGUCUAGAAAGGGGAGGCGAAUGUGGGGAGGGGCAAGGAAUGGAAAGUGAAUCUAGAAAUGGUGCAGGAUCUUGCACUUCAACUUUGGGUUACAGUUGGGAUGAAACUGUCUGCUAACUCGGAGAACAGAACCUGCCAUGGGGUCAGAGAUGAUGGAGUUGGACAAUGGGGGUGGCAUUGUGAUUGGCUGUUCUGCUCAAGUUGUUAUGCCAAGGGCCUACCGCAACUUGAGCUGUGCUCUGCAUGGUGUGGCAUGGAGCAGAAGUAGCAAUCACCAGCAGUUGAGCCUCUCUGGGCUGGGCCGGGCCUGCAUAUUGUUGUUGUUUGGUCUUAUGGGAGCUCUUUCCUCUCUGAGCCUCCUCUGCUCCUCUCUGCACCAAACCCACCACCAGGGUCAUCUAGUUUGCUGUACCAUCAGGAUGUACAAUUGCUCACAUGUAUGCUUGUGAAGCUGGAAACAGACUCACUGCAGUGGGGACAGGCUCAAUGGGACGCGUUAGCCACCCACCGCCCUUGUCCUGAACUCUCUAAGAGUAAACCAGGAACUGGCUGGAAAGCAGGAAGAUGGGAUAUGUUUGUCUUGACACAGCUUCUGCUUUGCUCACAGAUUGGUGCAGCAAUGUUAGGGCAGGAUGUCAGGUGCCUUCUUGCGGUGGCUGCAGCUUCAGGAAUAGCUACCCUCAUCCUCAUCCUUGUUCAAGUGAAGGACGUUUAUCUGCCUGCAAGAACCAAGUAUGGGAUGGUGUUUGAUGCCGGCUCCUCGCACACGGCUCUCUACAUCUACAAGUGGCCAGCGGAUAAAGAGAACGGCACCGGCAUUGUCAGCCAGGCUGAGGCCUGCACCGUGCAAGGACCUGGGAUCUCCAGUUACGCUGACAACCCCACUAGGGCCGGAGCCAGCCUGAGGGCCUGUCUGGACAAGGCCAUGACGAUCAUCCCUGCGGAGCAACAGAGAGAAACGCCCACCUACCUUGGCGCUACUGCAGGCAUGCGGCUGCUGAGGGAGCAGAACAGCACAAAAGCCGACCUGGUCUUUGCAGAGGUCUCCAAGACCAUCCGGCAGUACCCUGUAGAUUUCCGUGGCGCUCGGAUCCUCACUGGGAAUGAGGAAGGAUCCUUUGGCUGGAUCACAAUCAACUACCUGCUGGAGACGCUCAUCAAGUUCUCCUUUGCAGGGAAAUGGAGACGGCCUCAGUCAGCUGAGGUUCUGGGAGCUCUGGAUCUUGGAGGAGCCUCAACCCAAAUAACCUUCCAGCCCAGUGGUACCAUUGAGGACAACAGCACUGAAGUCUUCUUCCGGCUGUAUGGGACCAACUACUCCAUUUAUACCCACAGCUACCUCUGCUACGGGCGAGACCAGGCCUUGAAGAUGCUGCUGGUAGCCCUAAGGAAGGAGAACCUCACCUCUCAGCAGAUCUCCCACCCGUGCUACCCUAGGGGAUAUGAGGAGAACGUCACUGCCGCUGCCCUGUAUGACAGUCCCUGCGUCCCGGCACCAGCUGCACACGACCCCAGGCAGAUCCUCACGGUGCGGGGGACAGGAGCCCCAGCGGAGUGCAGGAAUGCCGUCCAGAAACUCUUCAACUUCACAGCCUGUGGGGCCAACAGGACGUGCGGGUUCAACGGGGUCUACCAGCCACCAGAGCAUGGGCAGUUCUUCGCCUUUUCUGGAUUUUACUACACAUUCUAUUUUCUGAACCUGACUAACGGACAGCCCCUGAGUGCCGUCAAUGCCACCAUCUGGGGCUUCUGCACUAAAGGCUGGAAGGAGCUGCAGGCCAGCUUCCCACAGGAGGAGAGUCACAGGCGCCUACACAAUUACUGCCCCUCGGCCUUUUACAUCCUGACACUGCUACACCAGGGCUACAAAUUUGACGAGCAAAUGUGGAGCAACAUCCAUUUCCGCCAAAAGGCUGCGAAUACAGACAUCGGCUGGACCUUGGGCUACAUGCUGAACCUCACCAACCUGAUCCCGGCGGAAGCCCCCGAACAAGUGAAAGGGCAGCAGCGCGGGCUCUGGGCAGCCGCCAUCUUCUUUAUUGUCCUGACCGCUGCAGUGGCACUGAUGGCCAUUCUCGUCCUGUGCCUCUGGAAUCCCACUUAGCAGCCCGAGUAAUGGACGGAGAGCCCCUCUCACCAACCCAGGAAAGGGGAAGUGGCACAAAUGAUGGCAAGUGUUGGGAGGCCUUCAAGGCACUCGCCAUCUCUUCAGGAUACCUGCCUGGUUCCUCUCAGUGAACACCUUCCUCCAAAGAAGGCCAAGGGGGGAUCUGAUCAGCGUUUAGAACUAUCUCCCGGGGGAAGAGCUCUCAUCAGAGAAGUCUCUUUAACUGAGCAGACAAAGGAUGACUGAGAGCCAAUGGCUGGAAGCUGAACUAGACCAAUUCGGACUAGAAAUAAGGCAUUUUUUUAAAAUAGGGAGAGUAACUAACUGCCUAAAUAUAUGGGGGAGUUUCCCAUCGCGUGACAUCUUUCAGUCGAGACUGGCUGUCUUUCUAGACAUGCUCUAGCUCACUUAGAAGCCAUGGGUACAGUGCCGGAGUCCAGGAGUGUGGCUGGACGGCCUGUGUUACACAGGAGGUCAGGCUGGAUGAUGCCAAUGCGCCCUCUGACGCUCACUGCUGGAUCGGAGACAGAUUCUUGCAGCAGCAGAAGGAGGGUCAGCCACACAUGUAGGCACGGAUCCUGAGUGCGAGGAAGGCGUGUGCUCUGGCAGAUCAGGGUGGGGCCCUGUACCUUUAAGUCAUGUAGCCUGUUAGCCCUUUGGUGCCCAGAAUGAUGCCCGCAGGUGUGUGGCAGCACUCUGGCGAGAAGACGGCAGCCUUCUCAGUGCCCUCUCCCCCCCCUCCACCCACGCUGUGGCAUCAACUGUUCCUGCCUCCUUUGUUCUCUUUGUGCGUGUUAGGCAGUACCUUCCCAGACCUGCAGAAGAGCUCUGUGCAGCUCCAAAGCUUGUCUCUCGCACCAACAGCAGUUGGGGCAGGAAAUAUCUUUCAUUGGAUCACCUUGUCUCUCAGGAUCGAAGUCAGUUAUUUUAGAAAUAUUUAUUGGAAUUUCACAGAAGAGAAAAUAAUGAGCAGCUGAUCUGAACACUGCAAAGGCUGCUUCCACUGGCCCUGUAUGUAUAGAUUUGAUUUAAAUAAAACCCUCCACCCCACCCCAAAACCUCCGCUCUAGGCACACUGACACCUCUUCACAAAAACACUCCCUCCAACAGCAUCACAGGCUCCUACCCAACUAAACCAACUCCAAGGGACCAUCCAGGAAUUCCCAGCAACAGAGAGCGUCGCCCCACCCCAGCCAGCCACCCCCUCAGCCCUCGUGAGGAGUGGUUUUUACAGCACCCCCUAAAAGUUAAUGAAUUCAGGCUCUUUUGGUCUAAGGGGAGGAACAAGAGCCAAACAAGGAGCCCUCCUGCUGGCAACUUCCUCUUCUAGGCUGCAGCUCACGUGCCUGGGCUAGCCAUGGCUGUGGCAGCAGGGCAUGGGCCAGGCAGUGCAAGGGGCUGAGUGACCUUACAAAGGCUAUGCCAGGUACAGGCUGUGAGUGACCUCAGAGAGGCUGUGCCUGUCAGUGGCCCUGGGGGUGGGUAAGGGUUUGAGGCAGCAUACAGUGGCCUGGACCAAGGAAAGGCCCUGCAGCAGGGCUGGCUCCAGGCACCAGCCCAGCAAGC